AUGUUUUUUGAUUUUCCAUUUGAUGUAAUAGUUAAUAUACUCGAUUUAUUAACAAUACAAGAUAUAGUAAAAUUAAGAUUAGUUAAUAAAUCGUUUAAUAAUUUAGUGAAGGAAUAUGGAUUUAAAUUAUACUUUACAAAUCAAAAAUGGAAUAUGAUAAUAUCCAACAUUAAUUCGAAAAAACACAAUAACCCUUCUUCACCUACUUCUUUAAAUGACAAUUGGCAACAAAAAGUUUCAUUUGGAUAUACUACACAACAAAAUUGGAAGAAAAAAUUCUUUUCUUCAACGAUUAUAACAAAAUAUCAUGGACAAUCAUUAAUCCCAACAUUAAAAUUUGAUAAAGAAAAAUUAUUAUUAAGCAUAGGAAAUUCUAUUGAAAUAUAUUAUUUUAAUAAAAAUUCUUAUGGGGAUUUUAAUAAAAAAAAAAAAUCAGAAUGGUUUAUCUCGCAUAGUAAUGAUAUUACGGAUAUUUUAUUAGGUGAAGGUAUUGAUGAUGAGAUCUUAUAUACUUGCUCAGUAGAUUGUACUAUAAAAAAAUGGGAAUUAAAUAAUAACAACAAUAAUAAUAACAAUGAUAAUUAUAAUAAUAAUCGACAAUAUAACUUAACUCCUAAAAAACAAUUCAAAGGACAUCGGAGUUCGGUGCAAUCAAUUUACCAAUUUCCAGAUGAUCCAAUAAAUUUAUAUUCUGUUGGUUUUGAUGAAACAUUAAGAAUGUGGAAUACUGAAACAACCCAGGAUAAAAUGGAAAUUUCAUUACCUGGUAGACCAAGAGUUAUUCAUGGAUUAUCUUCAAAGAAUAAAUUAAUUGGUGUGGGAAAUAGAAGUAAAGAAAAUUUUACUUUAUAUUACGUUACACCAAAUGAUUUUGUUAAAUACGCUACGGGAAUAAAGGAUCAUCAAAGUACUGUUUAUGCCAUAGCUUCGAAUCCAAAUUUACCAAAUACCUUUGUAACCGGAUGUUACGAUGGUAUCUGUAGAUUGUUUGACGUUAGAACAAUGCAUUGCGUUGCCUCUUAUAGAGAUCCUUAUGACUAUCAUCCUGUAUUUUCUGUGGAUUACGAUGCUUAUAGAUUGGCAGCUGGCGCUAACAGAAACGGCAUUAUCAGGAUUUUUGAUUUACGCUAUAAUAAACAUAAUCAUGAUAAUCAUCAAGAAUUAAAGAAAGGUGCCAGGAAAAACGAUGGCUGGUCUCUUUAUCUUGGAAACAAUCGUUCUCCUGUUUAUUCGUUACAGAUGGAUCAUUCAAGAAUAUUUGCUGCGUUAUCAAAUAUGAUAUGGAUGUUAGAUUUUUCUAAAUACAAAUUGAAUUAUAGUAAUAAUCAUAAUAAUCCAUGUUUACAUUAUACUCAUGCUAAAAAUUGGUUAGGCUGA